CAACAAACUAAGAGGCAAUUAUUAGAAAUUCAGAAUCAACAAUCAAAUGAUUAUCAUAUCCAGACCUAUCAAGAAUUAUCGGAAUUAUUAAAAAAAGAAUAUAACAUGCUUAUUCAACAUUAUAAUGUGAUGCAAGCAUUAAGACAUAUUAUAGAUGGUUGGAAAGACUCUCAGUUUGAUAAUACUAUGUACGCUACAGAAAAUACAAUAUUGUAUUCAGAGAAUGAAAUUACAAAUAAUGAGAGUCCUAUUUGUCAAGAUAAAAAUUUUAUCAAUAUUAAGCUUAAAGACCAAUGGAGUACUAAAAAAUUACAAAGCAUAGGUUUAUCAAAUAUAUUAAAUGAGAAUCAUUUACUUUUUCGAGAUCUUUAUAAAACAUACGCAAAAUAUUUUGAGUUAAGAAGUAUUCAUAUUGGCGAUAUAAUAGAACUAGAGAAAAACUCUGAAAGAAUAGAUUAUGCUAAAGUUCGAUUAAUCUUUAUGCAUCAAGCUAAUGAUGGGCAUAGUUAUACAUUUUUUUUAGUGGAUAGGUUUCAAGAUACAAACACUUUAAAUUCAAUAUUAGAAUGA